AUGAAGUAUACCCCCAUCUUCACGACCGAGGGCGCUAAGCCUCUCCCGCAGUUCUCACAGGCUGUUGUGUACAAUGGCCUUGUGUAUGUUUCCGGCAACGUUGCUUUCAAACCUGGGCCCAAGGCUGAGCUGGUGGAGGGUACGACAAAAGACCGAGCGAGGCAAAUCCUUUCCAAUAUUCAAGCGGUUUUGCAGGCAGCUGGAAGCAGUCUUGAUAAUGUCAUCAAGAUGAACAUCUACCUCACAGACAUGGGCAACUUUGGACUUUUGAACGAAGCAUACGACGAGUUUUUUACCAAGGAUAUUAAGCCAGCCAGAACUUGCGUGGCUGUGCACCAGCUGCCUUUUGGAACCGACGUUGAGAUUGAGUGCACGGCGUUCGUGAAUGUGUAG